AUCCUUUUCAUCUGCUAUUUACAAUUUUAAGCGAACAAUGCUUGUUCGAGUCCGAUCGCAAAAUGGUAGCGCUCGAUAUGAGUUAUCCCCAAAUGAUGAUAUACAGGUCUUGGUCGAAAAGAUCUUGAACGAUGCUCCUGAGGCCGAUCCCAGUACUUUGGCUUUGUCUAAUCAGCCCAAUGGAGGCGAGAAGCCGGUUUCAAGUGUCCGCGGGACUCUGAAUCAGCUCGGUAUCAAACAUGGUGAUCUUUACUUUGCAUCCUACAAAACAUUAUCUCCGUCUGGUUCAGCGGUUCCCAUCAACUCUUCCGUGUACCAGCAAGCCCCUCAGCCGACAUCAUCGUCAAGCGGACUCAAGAAUGAUUUGAAGGGCAGGCAGGCUUGGAAAGAUGCGAAGGAACAUGCAGUAGAUGUACUCCUCGAGAAGGAUGAUGGUAAAAUUCCGCGGAAAAGGGAUGUAAAGUUUUGUCGUCAUGGAGAUAAGAGUAUGUGUGACUAUUGCAUGCCACUCGAGCCAUAUGACGCAAAACAUCACGCCGAAUCUGGAAUCAAACAUCUUUCAUUUCAAGCUCAUCUUCGCAAACUGAACGCCGCAACCAACAAGCCCGAAUCAGGCGCAUCAUAUAUCCCACCACUUGAAGAACUUAAUUACCAAGUCGCCAUACCAUGUCCGUCACAAACGCACUCGCCCUUCCCGGCAGGCAUUUGUAGUAAAUGUCAGCCGAGCGCUAUAACAUUACAAUUACAGCAAUAUCGUAUGGUAGACCAUGUCGAGUUUGCUACUCCCGCACUGAUCGAAAACCUCUUGGAUUUCUGGAGAAGAACUGGCUGUCAGAGGUUCGGUUACCUUCUGGGGCGUUAUGAGCGUUAUGACCAAGUUCCGCUAGGAAUCAAGGCUGUGGUGGAGGCGGUUCAUGAACCGCCUCAACAGGGUGAACUCGAUGGGAUCCAGAUCGGCCUACCAUGGGACGAGGAAGGAAAGAUGGAAGACUUGGCUAAUCUUUGUGGCCUUCAAGUCCUCGGAAUGAUCUAUACGGAUCUGACGCCUGAUGAGACAACUCCAGAGGCAAAGGCCGCAGCUAAGGUGUUAUACAAGCGACAUGCUCAGUCUUUCUUUCUCUCAUCGCUCGAAACUAUCUUUGCUGCUCAUCAACAAGCCAAGCGACCGAACCCGUCGAGAUUUUCAGCAUCAGGCCGAUUCUCCAGCAAAUUUGUGACUUGCGUAAUCACCGGUAAUCAAGAUGGCAGUAUCGAUGUGACUGCCUACCAAGCCAGUGAUCAGGCGGUCGCGAUGGUCAAGGCUGACAUGAUAGAAGCUAGUGUAGAGCCCGGAACAGUGAGGCUGAAGGAUGAAGAUCGAACCCAAGAGCAAACGUCAUCUAGUGCUCGGUAUAUACCAGAUGUAUUCUAUCGAUAUAAAAACAAAUACGGGAUCGAUAUUAAGGAGAACGCUAAACCUUGCUUUCCUGUUGACUACUUGCUUGUCUCGUUAACUCACGGUUUCCCAGCGGAUCCAUCUCCUUCAUUUCGAACACCGACCCCCUUCCCCAUCGAGAAUCGAGCAGGGCUUCACGAUCAAUCAAUGGAUGUCGUUAUCAAUAGAUUGGGCCCUGUUUUAAGAAAAGUCAUCGACGCGUUUCCUCAACAGCACUCUGCAUAUAAUAUCAAAGGUAAAGGAAAAGAACAGGAUGGAGAUUGUUUGCUAGAGCUACAAACCUUCUUGAGUGAUUGGCAUUUGAUUGCGUUUAUUGAUACCGUCGGGAUCUUUGACCGGACCGAUCUUACUUAUCUUGCCAAGUUUGCCCUUUGUCAAGACAUGAACAUCUUUCUAUCAGCUGCUGAAAAACUUUUCCACACUAAUUCAUGGCAAACAUUCAUGGCCAUCUUGAAAGAGACUUUACCUGGACCACCAGUACCUGCGAGGGACUAUGCGAGCCAAUCUCAGACAGCUAACAACGGCACUGCGGCUGAUGGCUUCCCAGACAUCCCUGCCGAUUCAUAUAAUGAUGUUCAAAUGGGUGGCACGCUUCCGGCUGACGAACAAGGCACUGCGAGCUUGGCCUGUCCUCAUUGUACGUUUGAAAAUGAGCCUGGCACGACUGACUGUAUGGUUUGUGGGUUACCAGUGUCAUGAUCAAGGAGAAGUCUGUCUUGCAUGUCAUAUAUGAUGACUAUUUAUCAAUAAUUGCUCGAAAUAAAUUUGCUUGAACCUGU